GACCUGAAUCCUUACCACUCUGGCCUUUUGGCUUAGAUCAAGUGUAGUAUCUGUUCUUAAUAGUUUAACCACUAUUAUGAGGGCACCGCCCUCAUUCUUUGGUUAUCAAAUUUUUGCCGCCCUUGUUUCUUUGAGCUCUGCUUGCAACUCGGAGGACAUGAUGACCUUGCUACUGCACUACUGGCCUGCGUCGUCGGGGGUUUCCUUUUUGGAUAUCGUUUUCUCUUUGUUUGGUAACUACUCCAUAGUCUCUUGGCUAUGUAUGGUGCCUGGCAAACAGAAGUCACGAUCUACCUUUGUCGUGGAAAUGUUAUCAUCAGACGGGGAUGGUUGCUGCUCGAAUUCGGGGACAUUCGAAAUGGAUAUAUAUGUCUCGCGGUGCUUCAUAUUGACAAUUGUGAUGCAAUAUGAGGUGAUGCAGAACGGUGUUGUCACGGUGGCGGAGGUUUCGUUUUUCACUCUCACGUAUUUCACUGUCCAGACGUCCUCUGUCUAUCUGAGUUUUCAGAAUUUCAUGUAUGUGUAGGCCUAACUUAUAGGGCUUGGCAUGUUCAUGCUGUGCGACUUCCUGUAUCCAUACCAUCCGAAUUUGGCAAGCGACUU